GACAACUUUUUAAGGCAUCGGGGGAAAGGCACUAAGUUUUCAAAACAAGGUCAUUCAAGUAACACAGGGCUUUUAUUAUUUUACUCAAAGUAGUAGAAUCCCUGACCGGCGCCUAUCUGCAGUCAGAAGCUAAGAUGACAUGUUCCGCACCACCUUAAAAGAGACAAAGCGGGGAGUGUUUGUUCGGGUGUCAGUUUUCUUCUCUUGGCUCUUUAAACCAUGUGCAUCUGGCUGCUUGCCCUCUGUGGAGCUGCAUACAAAUAUUGACAGAACACAGUGGUAUUUGUUGAGCGGGAUCUUGGGGAGUGAAUGGGUAGGACUCUGAAGGAAGAUCUGAGAACUUCAGACCUUCUCUCGUCCCCCGUCUCCUCCUCCUCCUCCUCCUCCCUGUCAUCUUGAAGUGUGCAAAGAGUGAAAGUGAAAUUGCUGAGUUUGGUCAAACAGGAGCACUGACCUCUUUUUCCUCUGCUUUGCAGUUUAGUGAGAAGAGCAGAAACCUGGCAGUUGUAAUUGACUACACAUUAAAGGAUCUUCAGCCAUGGACAAAAAGCAGAAACAAGUGAAAAGAGAGUUUGGAAAGAGAUUCUCUUUGGACAGCAGCCUUAUGGAAUUUAUGGACUCUAAUAAAUACGUUGACCAUUUGCUAACUCUGUUGGAAGAGCAACGCUGGAACGUGUGGAGGGAGAAGCUGUCUGUGGCUCGGCUGCAGCAGGAAGUUGCACGAAGUAAGAGUGACAAAACAAUGCGUGAGAAGCUGAUACAUGAGUUGGAGGAAGAGCGACGCUUGAGGCUUGAAAGCGAAAAAAAAUUACGAGAGGUAACACUGGAAUCUGAGCACAACAGAGUUCAAAUGCGUGGAUUGCAGCAGCAGUUUUCAAGAAUGGAAGAGACAGUGAGGAAUCUACUGCAAAGCCAAGGGUCUUCAGAGCCAAAUGGAGAAGAACCUGUCACCAUAAUAAAGACAUAUCAGGAAACAUUAACACAAGAAGGCAAGAGGUGCAAAACAGGUGUGGAAGACAUUUGCAUGCCAGUAGAUAAAGAUUCAAGCAAGGAAAACAGCAGCACUGAAGAGGAAAAAGAGAAGAUGAAAUUACUGUUGGAACGGCUGAAGGCUUUGGAGGCAGAGAAUUCUGCACUGGCGAUGGAAAAUGAAAACCAGAGAGAACAGUAUGAAAGGUGCCUUGAUGAGGUGGCCAACCAGGUUGUGCAAGCACUGCUUACUCAGAAGGAUUUGAGGGAGGAAUGCUUGAAGCUGAAAACAAGAGUUUUUGACCUGGAACAGCAGAAUCGAACAUUAAGUGUACUGUUUCAACAGAGAAUGAGACCAACAUCUGGCUUACUGCUUCAGGAAUGCCAACAGAAUAUGAAGUCUGGGGUACCUGCCUUGAAAUUCCAGAGCCAAAUAUAUGUGGCUGGGCCUCACCGAGUGUAUCCUCGAAGUAGCUGCAGCAGCAGUGAACUCUCUUUGUCAAGUGCCUGCAGUGAAUAUUCCAGUGGCUCCUCGUAUACGUGGAACGAUGGGAAGGCAUGCAGUAAAAGGUCAUCAGCAAACUGGGACAAAAGAAUAAGCAUUGGUUCUUCGCUCCCUAGCAACCUUUCCAGCCCUGCUGAUGAUCUACCUCCAACUCGAAUCAAGGAAAACCAUAUUUUGGAAGGGCUAAAGAAACUACAAAAGCAAAAAAUAUUACUUGAACCACCUUCUCUUAUAUCCAAAUGGGGGUACAAAGACUGCAUGGAUUCUAAUGAAGGAAUUUACUCCCCUGGAAUUAAGUGCAGCAGCCAUAUAGAGCAGGCAUAUUGCACGCCAGAGGAAAUAGGAGCCAUUUGCAUUGAGCACCAAAAAACCUCCCUUUAUGAUUCUGAUUCGCACGAGGAUGCAGAUGAUGAGUCUUCUUCUUUAACACUGCUGUAUGAAAUACCAAGCAAAGACUGUAGGCACUACUGUAAUAAAUUAACUCACAGUGUUUCUGACAGCUUGUUUAGUUGGGAACCUGAUAGAAGUCAUUUACCAGAAAGAGGUUCUUAUUUUAAUUCACAGGAAAGGCCUGAAAAACUGACUAGUUUUGUCAAUGAAUUUCAGUCAGAGGUAAAAUCAUCCACAAAUGUGAAGCCGGCAGUGCUUCGGCUAGAUAAAAGUCUUACUAAUUUAAGCUGGAGAGACCUUAAUUUACACCUUUCAGAUACCGAUGACAAUGAAAUUCUGGAUGAAUUACAUAUAGAAAGCAGUGAUGAAAAGAGUCCUUCUGAGAUGUCAUUAACACCCUUUGUUGACAAGCCUGAAGAGAACCUUGACGUGCAUCUAAAGAAGGAAAAUUGCCAGUGUGGAUGUUCUAAAAAACAGUCAGAUCAGGUACCUGUUCACUCACAUAUUAGGCUAAAGGCAUGCAAUUUGGUUAAACAACAAAAAGUUAUAAAGAAGACUUCUUCAGAGGAAUGCAUUACUGUAAUAUAUGAUGCGGAAGAUGGCAAACCUAUUGAAUUCAGUUCACAUCAGACUGGAAUUGUGACCUUAACUAGAGAUGAAAUUUCAAUCAACCACCCAUAUAUCAGGUCCAAUGCAGAAUACACCGAAUGUUUAACUCAGGGAAAAACUAUGUUGCAGAAAGCAACAAAUGCUAAAAACUAUAGUAUUUUGCAAACAUGUGAUAAUGGGACUGAGAAAAAGACUGUUCAGACUAAUCUAGAGUGUGAACAUAAAACUGACGCAGUUACAUACAGCACUGAAUGUCCUGUAUACUUGGAAAAACACGUGUUUCAGAAUACUUCACCGCAAAAGUCAAUUUGCAGUAAUACUUCCAAAGCUAGUUCUCCAUCUUGUGUUCCAGCAGGUAAUAAUCUGAAACUGAGUAAGAUUCCCAGUAGGAGCAAGUUUUCACCACAGAAAUCAAAGGUUUCAUUGUGUGAAGACCCUACUGGCAGCAAGCCCCAUUGUCUUAUGAUGGCAGAAAAAGCUCUUUUGUCUCCUGUAAAAUGCCCAAGAUUUAGAAAGGUGCAGAGUCCAACUCGAAAUUCAGAUUCAAAAGUCGACUCGCAUAUCCCAAAGGUAUUAGCCUACUCAUCACAGAAUUCUGGAAUUCUGGACAGAACAGAUUGGCCGAAGAAUCAACCUCCAGAACCAGCUUUAGUACCUCAGCGUCUUCGAGAACCGAUCGACUGUGGAGAGCCUCCAACUAGAGAUGUCCAUUUUGAUAUACCUGCUCCUGAAGCCAGUUCUCCACCACCCCCUCCUCCACCAGGAAGGUCCACUUCCUUGUUGAUUAGACAAAACUAUGAGCAUUCUCCAACUGUACCACCUAAAGAAGUUCCUGUGCACUUUCCCCAUAAUAUAACUUCCCAUGAAAUGCAAACUAGUAACCUCCCUGCAACAUCAAAUGUAGAAUUAAAUCACUUUCACGACAAGGAGGAUUUUUUUUCACAAAGCAAAUGCAUAUCAGAGCUGUCCUCUAGCGCAUGCCAAGGGACUCCCAAAGUUUUCACAAAGAAAAGUUCUCCAAAAACCUCAAACCAGUCAGUUGUCUGUAAUAGCAAAGAACUUUGCAAAUCUAAGGUUGUUCUCCCAGCAUGUAUGUCAGGAGAAAAGAAUCCAAUGCAAACUAGGCCAUCAUCAAAGGACAAUAGAGUGCCUCAGAAACAAACUUUUUCCUCAUCACCAGAUUGUCACACAACAGUCACUGGGGAGGCUUUUCUGCCUCAAAUGAGUCCUUCUCCAGUGUCAUUGUUAUCUCAGGGCAGUGAUGCUGGAAAGAUACCAGACAAGGGCCUGACACCCCAUUUGCCUGUGGGACUUAAAUUACUCUUAAAGUCUCCUCAGCUCCUCAGAAAGAGCUCCACCAUACCAGGAAAGCAGGAGAAAGAAAGUAUGAAUGCGGCCUCCAAAUGCUGUGUAAAUUCAACUAAACAGAAGCAGGGUGAAUCUUUAUUUCAAACUACCUUAUGUGUAGCAGACAUUGAAUUAAGGAGUACUGAGAAAGAAAUAAAGGAAAUUUUCCCUUUGGAAAUUGGUAUGGGCCCUCAUUCCUCUGAAACAUGCAGCUUUAUGGAACAAGAUGGAUUAGAAAACAAAUUAGUGAAAAGGUCUGUUUCUUCCAGCUGUAAGACAUACUUGAAGCCAGCUCUUGGCAUGAAUGGAGCAAAGGCCCGUAGUCAUAGCUUCAGCAUUCACAUGGGAGAAAAAUCACCGAUGCCUUCCACAGAAGGGUUAGGAAAAUUUCGGACACAGAUUAUAACAAAUACCUCUGAAAGAGGGAACUCUUUAACCAGGCAGAACUCAAACACGGAGGGAUUACAACUUAAAAUCACCCCAGCAACAGCACUGACAUCAGAUGUGGUUGCGAGCACAACAAAAGCCCCAGAAAGUUCAUAUUCUAGACAGGUCUCUGAAGGAAGUACAAGUGAUUCUACUAGUCAAGUCAGUAGCCCAAGCAAAUUGCCAUUUCAUAUGUUUCCAAGGGGGGAUUCUUUCUACAGCACUUCAAAAAAUGAGGGAAACAAAUCAUCAUCCCAGAGAGAUGUCCAGGGUAAAACUGUCCAUGAUGGAAAAGGCAGUGAAAUUUCUAAAUAUCAACCAGUAAGCAAAAAAUGUGUCACCCAAGCAGAAAUGGCAUUGGAGUCAUCAACUAGUAUUUCAUCAGAACAGAUCCUGCCACUUCAGAAAAAUCUGGACCGUGUGCAAUGUCCUCGUAAACAUGAAGGAAGCAAGACGGUACUGCAAGAAGGUUGCUUAAAGGCAUCUGAAAUACCAAACGGAGUUUCAUCUUCAUCUGUUUUACAGCCCACAAUAGAAGAAAAAGUCAUGCUGUGCAUCCAAGAAAAUAUGCAGAAAGGACAAGGACAAAACAAACUUCUAACCACUGAGACUAAACAGAAGACUGGAGGACCUUCUAUCGCCAGUUGGUUUGGUUUCCGUAAAAGUAAACUCCCAGCCUUGAGUGGUAGAAAAAAUGAUAUUUCCAAAGCAAAAAUAGAAAAGAAAGAAGGAAAGGGUUUGACUUUUGGAAAUAAGCAAACCAAAUCAGAAAAAAGAAAAGACAAAAAGAAAAGUGAACAACACUGUGAAACAGAAAAUGAACUAAAUAAAAGAACUCUGAACUGUGGUAUUUUAGACAAUGUUCCAAAAGGAAAAAAGGUGGCAAAAGCCACCCAUAGUAGCUUCAAUCCAACUAGAUGUGAACAAAAGAACAACUCUGCCACCACAUUCUCAGGAAAAGACAGCUUUAUGAAAGAGCUUUUACACAGAGUUGAUAAGAAAGCAGCCCAGCAGACAGAAACUGGAUCAAAUAAUGUUUCCUACAGGAGCAUGUUAAAGGGCAGUUCCCAGGGCUCUUCUCUUCCCAGCGACUCUAUUGGCCCUCAAGGAAACCAGAAGAAAAACAGCAAAACAAAGGCGGAUAUGGAAGUGGCACCAAGCGAGACGCUGGUUAAAGUGGUAACAGAAAACUUCCCAGAGGAUGAAGACAACACUGCCGCCGAUUCAACAUGUCAAAGCCAUUUGAUAGAAUCCUGCUGCCAAAUGAGGACACUGGACAGUGGAAUAGGAACCUUCCCUCUCCCCGACUCAGGAAACCGCUCAACUGGAAGGCACGUUUCUAAACAAGAACUGGAUUUGGACACUCAUGUUUUCACAUCACCUGGACAUGCAUUUCCUCACACUGCUUCUGAGAAAGCCAAAACCCUUGAGCGAGAAGUGCCUUCAACAACUGAUAAGAACCAGGGUUCUGUGGAGAGCAUAAUAUCCCAUUCAGCAUCUGAUCCUACCAUGACAGCUAAAAGUUUACGGCCUUUUCAGAGUCGCCUUCCACAGCCAGCUUCUGCAGGAAUAAUGAGCCCUGAGAAAAAAAGCAGGCCAGAGGAAAAUUCUGUGACUUCCACAUCAUCAGAACAUUCAGAAAAAGAGGGAGAGAGCAACAAGAAGAUGUUUCCAGAUUGGAGUAGCAAAAAAGCUACUAAAGCCAAGGACAGGGCACUGAGAGUGUGCACUUAUUCUGCUAGCAGUAGCAGUGAUACUGAAACAGAGCUGGAGUAUGAAACAAGUGAUUUUGUAACUGGAGAGGAAAAGUUGGUGGAUUUAAUGAACAACAAACAAGAAAUUGAAGCAACCUGAGGAGAAAAGCGAAAGAUUCUGGGAAGAGGUUGUCUUAAAAUUUCCCUGGAGUCUCUCGGCACAUUUAACAGCAGCAGAAGCAUUUUCUUGGAAAAAGAGAAGAGCCGUCUGCACGUGGUUGAAGAGGAAAAAGAAGAAGAAAGUGGGGAGAAUGCAGAAAUUUCUCUAAAUAGUUCUGAUAGGUAUGGUGCAAACCAUUUGGGAUCGCCAAGUAACUCUUCAUAUGAUAGCUUCUCCUCCUCUGCAAGACAAGGCUCCGACGAUGUAUAAAGAGACAUUCACCAGUGCAAGAGGACAUUGAAUGGAGCACUUAAGGAACAAGAUAGUAAAUAACGGAAAAGGAAGAGCCAUUCAAAAUAUUCCAAGCAAGUUGCUAAGACUCAUAAUAUGAUAUAUCUAGAUAUAUUCAUAUAGAGCAAUAAAGAGAAAGUAAGCAGCAUUGUAAUAGACCAGUGGUUCUCAAUCUGUGAGUCUCCAGAUGUUUUGGCCUUCAACUCCCAGCUGAUAAACUGGCUGGGAUUUCUGGGAGUUGUAGGCCAAGACACCUGGGACCCGCAGGUUGAGAACCACUGUAAUAGACGGAGACUUUGAUAAUUACAAUAACUCUGGUUACUUUAAAAAAUAUAUAGUCUUAAUUUUGCACUUUUAUGAAUAUUUGUACAGAAGUUGUAAAAAUGUUCUUUGGGGGUCGGGGGAAAGAAAAUUAUAUUUGUAGAAACAAAUGUGACAGCAAUAAAUAAUACUAAUUGGUGCCAUGCUCUUGAAAUGGCAGUUUACUAAUUGUAAACAUUGAUGUUCAUAUUAACGAAAAAUUAGUGAUCUUUUGUUGUAAAAUAAAGAUUUAUAAACUUUUUAGUCUUAAAACUGUAUGUAGAAAUGAUGUUUUUCAUGCAAAUUUGAACUUGCCAAAUUGUCUAUGCUGGAAUUUCAUUGGACCACUUUGUACAACAGACUUGGAAAAAAAAUAUCAUUAUCUUCAUCACACUAGAGAAUGAAUCCACUUUAAAUCCGGUUUCUGCCUCCUGCAGAAUUCUGGGGUUUGUAGUUUAGGGAGGCUGUUAAAGAUUCCUCCCUAAACUACAAACCCAAGAAUACUGCAGGAGGCAGAAACUUGAUUUAAAGUGGAUUCAGUCUCUAGUGUGAUGAGGUCUAGUGCAAUUUUGAAAUCGCAAUUCUCAGUGAGCUUAUGUUUUGAUUCAUGUUAUUGGUUCAAAACUUCAAAGACAUCUUAUGAUUAUCUUCUACCUGUAGCCUUCUAUCACAAAUACCUGCGGUGUUUAUUCAACUCUUACAGCUUUUACUAUAAUUCUGGGAAUCAGGGACUAAAAUGCCAUUUAGAUUUGUAAUUUACACAUGUAAGAUUUUUUAAUACAAAAUGACUGGUGCUAGCAAACAGAUUUGUGGAGGGGUUUUUCCAUACGAAGACCAUUUAUAUAUAAGGGGAAAGUCUAUUUCAAGGGUGGGAUGUAUUUUUUCUAGAUGUGGAGUAUUUAUAACAACUUUUGUACAGCAGCCUAUAAGCUAGCUAUAUUUGGGAUACUUCUAGGCCAGGGAUAGGCAAACUUGGGUCCUCCAGAUGUUUUGGACUUUAACUCCCACCAUUCCUAACAGCCUCUGACCCUUUCCUUUUCCCUCUCAGCCUGAGGCUGUUAGAAACGGUGGGAGUUGAAGUCCAAAACACCUGGAGGGCUCACGUUUGCCCAGCGGCUGAGGGGGGGAAGGAAGGGGCCCGAGGCUGUUACGAAUGGUGGGAGUUGAAGUCCAAAACAUCUGGAGGGCCCAAGUUUGCCCAUCCCUGAGGUAGCUGCUUUGUAGUGUAUGUCGGUUAAUUCCCUGAAUGCACAUCUCCCCCAGAAUGGUGUCGUACAACCAGUGUUACAUUGUCAAUACUUUUGUGCAAUGUUACAUUUCAUGUUGUUUUAAAUAUACGUACCGCCAGGUUGGUAUUUCAUUGUCUCUGACUUUGAUGAAGCUUAUUUUUGGAAUUCAUUUCAGAAUAAAAGUCGUAUCACAUCUGGUUAUCAAAA